CGCCGUCGUCGCCGCCGCCCACGUCUGGCACGGCCGCUGCCGCAGCCACGGCCGCGCCCGCCACGUCCACUGCCACCGUAACCACCGCUCCUGCCACUGCCGUCGCUGGUGGUCCAGAAGUGAGUGAUGUGCCCCCACCGGCCCCUCCGCCCCCUGGUGGCAGCGUGUCAGUCGCCACCUCCACGUCGUCGGUGCCGCCCACGGCCGGCAUGCCCACGGGCCCCGGCGAUCACCCUGCACCACUCACACUGUCUGAACUGCCCGAGCCGCCCAUCCCAGUGUCCGAGAUCGGGCCCAUCCCGCCGCCGCCCAUGUUCAGCUCGUCUCCGCAGCCACCACCCACCUCUGUCGGCAUGCCUGUGCCCACAUUCUUGUUUGAUGAUCAAGAUGAGGGCUCGUGCUGCGAUGAAGGUGAGGAUGAAGAUGAUGAAGGUGAUGAAGACGAUGCACACUACCUGUUCCGUGUUCCACAGCCUGAUCCAAGUAUAGACACGACACGUGUUGAGGAGAUACCGGCAAAAGAACCAAAAUUCCAUGCUGUGCCACUUAAGUCUGCAUUGAAAAAGAAAGGUAGUGGAGGCAGUAAUACAGGAGGGAGCGGUCCAGGUACUCCACAGAACACACCAACACAAGAAAGCAGGCCUCUCACUCUGCGCCAGGACCAUACGUCCUUCAAAAGGCCAUCUUCUAGACCACGAACAAGGAUAAGUGCUCGUCCUGUGAGAUUCGGAAUCCCUCUGCCAUGUACAAUGGAAAAUAAGGAGAACACAAGGCCAUAUGUGAUAAGAGAGGAUGGUGAUGGACCAGUCCUUUAUCGAGAAGAUGCUGACAGUGAUGAGGAAAGUCGCCUUGCUGCUAAGAUUGCACGGAAAGAUAGUUUGGCUCUGAAACUUGCUUUGCGGCCCAACAGGCAAGAACUGAUUGCUCGCAACAUAAUUCACGAAGAAAGUGAAAAUGAACGAAUGGAGACAAAGGAAGCAAUUGGUGCACGGCUGAUAAGGCGGCUGAGCAUGCGACCAACACAAGAAGAAUUGGAAGAAAGGAAUAUAUUAAAAAAACAAAGUGCAGCAGAGGAAAAGAAGAUGAAAGAAGAAAAGAAGAGGAUGCUUCUGCGAAAGCUUAGUUUCAGGCCAACAGUUGAAGAGCUCAAGGAGAAAAAGAUCAUUCGAUUUAAUGAUUACAUUGAAGUGACACAGGCACACGAAUAUGACAGGAGGGCAGAUAAACCAUGGACUCGCCUCACACCUAAGGAUAAGGCUGCCAUCCGUAAGGAGCUCAAUGAGUUCAAAAGUUCUGAAAUGGAAGUGCACGAAGAAAGCCGUCACCUCACAAGGUUCCAUAGGCCAUGACGACAGCAACGUAUAGGCAAGGAAAUCCACUGGGCCAGUGUCAUUCAGGGGCCGCUCAUGAAGAGUGUACUUGUGAUAGUGAUGCUGCAAUAUAGUGUUACGUCCAAGCUGACUGACUUUUACACUCUCAUCCUGGCCAGAAGUGAUCCUUUUUUCAUAUGAAAAUGAAUCACAUCUGUUACAUAUUGAUUAAUUUCAUAUUAUUAGAGCAAAUUUGUGUGUAAGAAACAAAUUUUAAUAUCUCGUCUGUAAAUAAUGUAAAAUUACCUUUGCAGCCAUUUCUCGCAGGGAUGGCUUCUGGACUCAGUAGUGCAUUUUUUGGCACAACUCUUUAAGGGAAAGAAAGUAAUGGUUACCCACCAAAUCUUCAUAGAUGAGUAAAUUUCAGAAGUGGAGAUGAGUCUGCAGUUUUGUUUUGCCUGGUUGUGUAGCUGUGGGCGUUCAUGGCUGCAGUUAUGCUGAAUGUAGUACAUGAGAUAAUUGCCUUAGAAAAUUGAUUGUUUCUAUUAAGCCUGUCUAAAAUGGCAACUGUAUUUAUUACUGUUUUUGUAGAUAACAAUGAUCAAGUCUUAACCCUGUGGUUUCUCAGAGUAUUAGAGAAAUCAUUAUGAAAGUUUUAUGUCGCUACCAACUUUCUCGGGACAUGAACAAAUUAUUUUUAAUUAUUCCAGUUUUCUUUAUAUAUUGAGUUAUUAAAUGAUAUGUGAAUGCACUUAGUCUUGUUAUUAAAUAAAACUAUAUAUUUCCUGAUGAACAUUGUGCAUGUAGGAUAUUCCCAGAAAAAAUAUCAGUGUCUGGCUGGUUGCACCAUUGCCCUGUAAUUAAAAAUAAAAUUCAAUCUAUGUUUUUAAACAAUUUGUGAGAGAGGUGUAUUUGAGUGUAUUGUUGCAAUAUUACUGCUAGAAACUGAAGUUGUAACACUUGAUUUAUCUUUCAAGUGAUUUUUUGAUAAAGUUCUUCAAUAGUGUACAUCAAUAUUCAUUAUGAAGUCAGUAAAUCCUCCUAGUAGUUAUUCUUUUAUUUUGUGAUUUAUUACUCGACAUAUUGCCCUAAACAUAAGAAAAUCUGCAUUAAGUAGUUUUUCAGAAUCAGAACUGCUGAAAAAUUAUGAAAAUUUAUAAUGAUCUCACUCAACGUAUGUUACCAGGAGUUAACCAUUAUCCCUUUGAAUAUGGCUACUAUAACCAUAAUAUGAUUUUUCAUUCUUACCAGUGACAUUGCAACUGUACAUCCUGACAGCUUUUGUUUUAUUAGCAGUUAACAAUUACAAAUAAGAAAAACAGAAGUUAAUAUUAAACAACAAAAAAUGGAAAAAGGGGGAAAUUACUCACUUGGUUUGAAAACAGAAUAAUGAUGGUAACCAAUGUUGUACCAGCAACAAAAAGAACUACCUUUUCAGAUAUAAAAUAUGGGAAGUGUAGAUGAAGUAAACAGAACAUGUUAGAAAGAAACUAUUGAGUCUGAGGACAGAGAGAUAUUUCGGUGGAAAACUGAUCAAAACUGCCAUCUUGAUAGGUGUGUUUAAGUCUAUACAGCUGAGAAAGUUAGACGUUUUACAAGUGUCAUAUACUAGAGCACUGCUUGCUAGUAAUAAUUACAAGAAUGUCAAUGUGAAUGUGAAUUUCAGCGAUCCCUUUGUGAAACAAUUAAGAACUUCACUGUAUGUAAAGUAGCUUAACAGAAUCAAAGUAAUAAUUUCAUGAAUGAAAUGAAAGACAAAUAACAACAGACAAAUUUAAGGGAAGGAGAAUUGGGAGAAAGAAGGGAAGGUAAGGGAGAAAAUUGACAAGUAGCUGAAAAACCAAAUGGCAAAUAUAUGAAAAGAGUUAAAUAAUAAUGCAAACAAAGAAGGCCAGUGAUAAUGUGAGUUUGCUUAGUUAGUUUCAAUGAUAAAAUAGCCAUCAUCUGAUAAUUCCAUUGCUAGGAAGGGGAAUGUUGACAAAUUAGAUGCAUUACAGACACUGAGAUGCCACUUUUUAAUUUGGAAAAUGAUGUCUACAUAACUUUUACUUUAUGUGCAUACCAGUGGAUAAAGGGGGGAAAAAGAUCCCUGGAACAGAGAGGUUAAAUAAUGCAGGCUAAUAUUUUACAUUACAUAUUUGUUUGAUAUAUAUAAUUUUUUCAUUGUCUUACUUAUAACAAAACCCAAUAUUAACUAAGAAAUAGGGCAUGGUUUGAUGAGCUUUCAUGCAUCUUCAUUAUUGUCCUUAAUUUAUUACACUUUCCUCAUUUUUUCCAAUGGAUCAGAUAGGCUGACCUUGUUAAAGAAGAGCUCAGAUCCGUAGUGGUUUUGUUACAUUUUCCAAAUUUUUUUGACGAGUUGAUAUUCACAACUUUCUUUUGAUGCAGUUGGGUAGAAGUGAAGAGUCUUCAAAAAGCUUCAUAUAAUGUCUUUAUUCAGUAAGAUAAACUGAUUGUUAUUGAUAAUGCAAUUUAAAUAUUACCAGUCUGUGCAGAUUAUGUUCAAUGAACAUAAUGUUUGCCAAAUUAUUACUCAUGAUAUUUAUGCAUACCAUAAACAAUAGCAUAGUGAUGAAUGUCUUGAGACCGUUGCUCAUUUUUUUGUGUAAUGUUAUUCAUACAGAUAUGAACAUUAGUGCUUUAUUGUCCUUAUUUGGGAAAUAUCUGAUGUGACCUGUUUUUGGAUAUCUUUUCCUAGUUGAAACUGAAUAGUAUUUGUCAAGAGAUAUAUUCACCCAGAUGUGUGUUUGGGAAGGCAUUCUCUGUGAUAAAAUUUUCUUAAUGUUCGUUACUGACAAAUAAUUCUUCACUACACACACAUGAAAUUGAUGUGCAAUGUAAUACAUGCAGCAGAUGUUUUUGAAAAACAGAAGAAAGAGUGUGUGUGUGUGUGUGAGAGAGAGAGAGAGAGAGAGAGAGAGAGAGAGAGAGUUUUACUUGGUGAGUAAAGUUGCAUAGUGUGAACCAGUUAUCCAAUAGGCAUGUAUGUCAAUUACACCUUUAUGUGGUAUAUGGAAAGAAGCUGCAUGAACCAGUUUUUCUGCAAAAACUGUUUGAAAAUGAGGCAUUUAAAAUGAUUUUCUUUGCAUUACCUGUAUCAUGUUUUGACCCAAAGUGAUCUAUAGAUGAUGUAGCAGAAAUCUUUUUAAGUAUUUUAUGUGAGAUUAGAUUUUCAGGAUAUUCCAUGAAAUAUAUUUUGCUAGGAAUUUAUCUUUGAACCUAAUUUAUGUUUGAUAUUUUUGUACUGAUCUUCAGUGAAAGCGCAGCUUACCCCUUACUUUAUCACAGGAGAAGUUGUUUCUUUAUUGUAUAUAUCUGACAUUUUAUAACUGUGUGAAGCUCAGAAGUUGAUCGAUUUAUUGCAGUAUCUUUGUUGUUACUUCAUUUUUAUCAUUAUUUGCUAGAAACUUUUAAAAACAAGAAUCAAGGAUUUAAAAAAAAGUUUCAUUGACAGUCCUCCCCUUCCAGGUAUGGAAUUAUUCAAUCUUCCAUCAAAUACUUUUACAUUUAGGUAGGAAAUUUAUAUUUGCUUGUGUUUGAUUAUACACAAAAAUUGUCAUUGUGGAUUGAGAGCUGGCCACUCUUAGUUUCUGUCUAUCUUUUACUAUAGUAGAACAUUCCGUUUGUGGAGGGUCAGAUAACAAAAAAAUUGGUAUUUUUUAUUAGCAUCACUCAUCUUUCAUUAAUUAACUUUUGUUAUGUUAGGGUACAAGAGCUGUUAAUCCCACUGCAUACCAGUUCUCCCCACUAUCCCAUCUCAAACAGCGAAUUGUGCAGUCUCCCACAAUAGGCACAGUAGUUAUAUUUCUACCAAGUAUCAGAAUAACGAGACUUUUAAUUACAUGUUAUACACUACAAAAAUUAUUUAAUGCCUUUUUCUUUCAUGCAUCUUAUUAUUGCAUCAAUGAAUGUAAAUCUCUUUUAUGGGGAAAUUUCUGUAUCUCACACAUCACAUUAAUUUUUAAGAACUUAUUACAUAUGUGUCACAUCAUGUCUACAGAGACAAUUUCUGCAAUGUAUUUGUUGUGAAAUGUCAAAGGGUAAGGAAGUCUACAAACAAGAAUUGAAACUAAUAUAGUGAGAGCUAAACUUUGAAGAAAUGUGAUGUAAUAACUGACUGUCUUGGAAUUAAUCACUACACUUCACUCAUGAAGGUUGUGUAUGAAUACACUCUCUCUGUUUUUCACAAAUAUAUUUUGUUAGCUGAAUGAUUUGAAUAUAAAAAUAUUUCUGUAAGUAGAAAUUAUACAUAAAAUAUACAAAAACUAUCACAUGUAGCAAAUGACAAAGCUUAUCUUAGUUGUAAGGCUAUCACUUUUUUGUAUCAAUAUUUACAAUUUUGACAACUCUUAAAAAUUUUAUUAAGAGUGUUUGAAUGUAAAUUGUGAUGAUGAACUUAUUUUGUUCUAAAUAGGGGCCAUGAAAAUUUGGCCAUUAAAUAGUAAAAACCUCAAGUGUAUCAAAUUUUAUGCAUUCACAAUGUAAUUCUGUAUCAUAGUCAUUUUAUUUGUAUCAUGGGCAAAUCAUAACUGUGACCAAAUUUUUUUUCUUUUUAUUUUCCUUUUUU